AUGACGGAAAAAUUUACAUCAGAUUUCCUUGGAAACCGAACAAAUUCGAUCUCGCAAGCAACUACACUUGCACUUAGUCGCCUUCAUCAGCUAUACAAGACCAAGGAAACAAAUUCAUGUUGGAACGACUAUUGUAAGAUUAUUGAAGAGCAACUGGAAAAACAAUUCACUAAAGGUGCGCCACAUCCAACAACAAAAAGUGAGGUCUGCCAACAACCUGACGCAUACCUCUAUGUAGACAACGUUCUUGUGACCGAUACCAAUACGCAGUCACUGAUUGAAAAAUACAAAACGUGCAAGCAAAUCUUCAACGGCAUGUCCAUGAACUUACGUCAGUUCAUCGCUAAUGACAAGGAAUGCAAUAGCUUGAUCAAAUCGGAAGACCUCCCAACAAGCAAGUUAAUCAAAAUUCUGGGUAUCCCAUGGAAUCCAGUCAAAGACAAUUUUUCCAUAACAUGCAAACUUCACUGCACGGCGAAUCCAACCAAACGAAUGGUGCUACAGGCCGUACAUUCAACUUUCGAUCCCCUCGGCUUUCUCCCUCCAUUAUUACUCAACGCAAAACAUUUUUUACAAGACUAA